UCCCACAUCCACCACUAUCCACCACCUUAACUCAAAAUGACAAUAUCCCCACCACCACAUUUCGUUAUAUUUCCGUUCAUGGCACACGGCCACACCACCCCUCUCCUCUACCUCUCCCGCAUCCUCUCCGACCGCGGCAUCACCGUCACCGUCAUCACCACCCCCGCCAACUACUCCUCCGUCAAAUCCACCUUAAAAAACAACUCUAUCUCCGUCAUCGACCUCCCUUUCGCCGAAAACAUCCCCGGAGUCCCUCCCGGUGUCGAAAUCACCGAUAACCUCCCAUGCAUGUCAUCCUUUGUCAAGUUCAUAGAAGCCACAAAACAACUUCAACCAGGGUUCGAACAAGUGGUUCGAACCCUCCCUUCGGUUACAUGCAUAAUAUCCGAUGGGUUCUUAAUAUGGACACAAGAUUCCGCGGAUAAACUCGGAAUCCCCCGGUUAAUAUUCUAUGGGACUAAUAUUUUUUCCAUGACUAUGUGCAAUAUUGUGGCACAGUUUAAGCCACAUGCUGGUACCGGAAACAAGGUGUUUCCGAUACCAGGGUUUGGUAGGUUUAAGUUAACGGCGGACGACUUUGAUCCGCCGUUUAAUGAGCCGCACCCCAAAGGUCCGGCUCUUGAGUUUUUAAUUAGCCAGCAGAAGGCUAUGGCUAGGAGUCAUGGGAUGGUGGUUAAUAGCUUUUACGAGCUCGAGCACGAGUUUAAUGAGUACUGGAACCGGAACUAUGGGCCUAAAGCUUGGCUGGUUGGUCCAUUUUGUGUUGCCAAAGUGCCUGCGGCGGUACCGAUGUCUGGAGGAGCUCCGAUCACGGUUGAGAAGCCAACAUGGAUCCAAUGGCUCGACAAGAAGCUAAUAGCGAACGAGCCGGUGUUAUACGCGUCAUUUGGGACUCAGGCGGAGGCGUCUAAAGAGCAGUUACGUGAGGUCGCCAUCGGGUUGGAACAAUCGGACAAAAGCUUCAUGUGGGUGGUGAAACCGAAGCAGUUGCAGUUCAUCGGACCGGGGUUUAAAGAGCGGGUAAAGGGGCGGGGUAUAGUGGUGGCUGAAUGGGUGGAUCAGAUGGAGAUCUUGAAGCAUGAGAUCGUGUGCGGGUUUUUGAGUCAUUGUGGGUGGAACUCGAUGUUGGAGAGUAUGUGUGCGGGUGUGGCAGUAUUGGCAAUGCCGUUGAUGGCGGAGCAGCAUUUGAAUGCGAGGAUAGUGGUGGAGGAGAUCGGGAUGGGGCUGCGGUUGUGGCCGAGGGGUAGGGUGGCGCGUGGCGUGGUUGGGGCGGAGGAAGUGGCGAAGAUGGUGGUGGAGUUGAUGGAGGGAGAAGGUGGGAAAAGGGUGCGGAAGAGGGUGAAGGAGGUCGGGGAAAGUGCGUAUGGUGCGAUGAAGGAAGGGGGGUCAUCGUCGACGAUGUUAGACUCGCUCAUUGAUCACGUUUGUGGCGCCCGCGUGCAUUCGAUGGCUUAGCUUUGUUAUGAUGAGCAAAACUGGUCAAGACCGUGAAGACAGCUCGAAUCGAGCUGGAUUGAUCCACCUCGAUUCGAUAGCAAUCGGUCCAGUUUUGUGGCUAUUAAAUUUCUAUAUUUAUGCAACUAAUAUUGUUUUAUUACCAAGUUUAA